AAGGAAGCAAACCCAACCGAGAGAUUUCAUUAACAAAUCCAAACCAAAGCUACUUGUUUUUGUUUUCUUUCGGGCCAAAAGUUUAGAUUUUUGCUUAGCUUGAGCUCUCAUCGUAAUCAAUGGAGGUCAACACUGAAACCAUGCAAAAGUCAAAGUUUGGAAGAAUCUGUGUGUUUUGUGGAAGCAGCCAAGGCAAGAAGAGUAGUUACCAAGAUGCUGCUGUGGAUCUAGGCAACGAAUUGGUUUUAAGGAACAUUGAUCUAGUCUAUGGAGGUGGAAGCAUAGGUUUGAUGGGUUUGGUUUCACAAGCUGUUCAUGAUGGUGGUCGCCAUGUUAUUGGAGUUAUUCCCAAGACGCUCAUGCCUAGAGAGUUGACCGGUGAAACAGUAGGAGAAGUAAGAGCAGUUGCAGGUAUGCAUCAAAGAAAAGCAGAGAUGGCUAGACACUCUGAUGCUUUUAUUGCUUUACCAGGUGGAUAUGGAACACUUGAAGAGCUUUUGGAGGUCAUAACAUGGGCUCAGCUUGGUAUACAUGACAAACCGGUGGGUUUGCUCAAUGUUGAUGGAUACUACAACUCGUUGCUCUCUUUCAUUGAUAAAGCCGUUGAAGAAGGUUUCAUCAGUACGAACGCACGCCAGAUCAUAAUUUCUGCACCUACUGCUAAGGAGCUUGUAAAGAAGUUGGAGGAAUAUUCGCCUUGCCAUGAAAGUGUUGCGACUAAGCUUUGUUGGGAGAUAGAGCGGAUUGGCUACUCUUCUGAAGACUGAUAUUAAUCAGAAUUUAUCUAAACAUAUAGCUAUUAAUACUUAAUGUCAGGAGGAUUUAAGAUGGGUCUUACUUAAGGAAGGAAACAGAUUUUGAAGAUCUCUGAACUUUUAAUUAGGAAGGGUAAACUAAAAAUUUCCACUGAGGGAGGAAAUUCUUUUGUGUAAAUUACUACUACUUGUCUUUAAGACUUUAACUCUCAAGUGUUCUUGUUUCUAAGAAUCACUUUCUUCUGUAACUCAAUUAAGGAAGGUUAACACC